GCAUAAAUUAAAAAAAUAAACCAGCCGUGGUGCAGGAGCCUGAGACCUUAACUCAGCGCCGGAGAGGCAGAGGCAGGCGGAUCUCUGGAGUUCCAGGCCAGCUUAGUCUGUAAAGCGAGUCCCAAGACAGGGACAGCCAGGGCUACCCAGCGAGACCAUAUAUAUAUAUAUGAAUCUAAAACCGACAGCAACAACAACAACAAAAAAAACACAUCCAAGAGGAAGCCGGUAAAGGUGCGAUUUGUUCGAGAACCACCUAAGCUUCCAGGCUGGGCCGCUACCUCUAACUAUAGCCUUCCGUGCCUUAGCCCCAUUAAACCGGUAAAUUGCCAACUUCCAGGCGGUUGAGCCGAGUGCGCGCUCCCGGGGCGGGGCCUCCGUUCCCGCCCAGCACAGCCCCGCCCCGCCCCGCGGCCCGGCCGAUUUCAGACCGGUUCCGCCUACACUCUUGGCGGGAUCGUCUAACCCCGGCAGUCCCCGGCCUCGGCGCUCGGCCAGCGAGGUGUGCAGGUUUGCUCUCGACGUCCGCGAGCUCUCGCGGCGAGGCCGCGCUCGCCCUCAGGACUCCUUGGCGGCCCAGACGAUACCACCAAGAAAGUCAGAUGGCAUCUGGAGAUUUCUGCUCACCUGGAGAAGGGGUGGAGAUCCUGCAGCAAGUGUGUGACAAGCAGUUUCCUCCUUGUGCCCUGACUGAAGAGGACCUGAUUCAGAACCCGUAUUUCAGCCAGCUGUUGCUCAGCCUCUCACAGCAUCUGGAUGAAAGUGGCUUAAGCCUCACCCUGGCGAAAGAGCAGGCCCAGGCGUGGAAUGAAGUUCGGUUGCAUAAGACAGCAUGGCUGAGGUACGAGAUCUUACAGAGAGUCAUCCAAGAGCUGCUUGUGGACUACUAUGUGAAGGCACAAGACACAAAUCUGACGUCGGAAGACAAAAAGUUUCAUGAGACCCUUGAACAGCGACUGCUUGUGACUGAACUCACACAACUUUCAGGGCCUGGCCAGGAGACGGAGAUGCCCCCACUGCUCGGACUCGAGAAGGCUGACCUCCUGGGGCUCAUGCCACCCUCACAGGACUUUGUGUGGAUGAGAGCUCGGCUCCAGCUGGAGGUGGAGGAGCAGCUCAAGAGGAAGAGCUUCACUCUGCUGUGCUACCACGACCCCAGUUCAGACACUGAUGGAGAAACGCUGAAAGCCGCGAAGGUGUGGAAACUGUCAGAGGUCCUGGUGGGAGAGAAGCAGCAGUGCCUGGAGGCCAAGAGCCAGCAGAAGGAGCAGCUGGUGCUGCUGGAGAAGAAGAGGGCCACCUACUCCCAGGUGCUUCUCCGCUGCCUCACCUUGCUGCAGAGACUUCUGCAGGAGCAUCGGCUGAAGACUCAGUCUGAGCUGGACCGCAUCAAUGCCCAGUACCUGGAAAUCAAGUGCAGUGCCAUGAUCCUUAAGAUGAGGAUGGAGGAGCUGAAGAUUUUGUCUGACACUUACAGUGCUGAGAAAGUGGAAGUGCAUUGUCUCAUUAGGGACCGUUUGGAGGGAGCCAUUCGCCUACAAGAGCAGGACAUGGAGAAGUCGAGACUGGCCCUGAAAACCUACGAGGUCCUGGGAGAAGACUUUGAGAACCUGGUGAAGGAGUACACCCAGCUCAAACUGGCGGUGGAGAACAAGCGUUGGGCUCUCCAGGAGUUUAGCAAGGCCUGACCCCUGAGUUGGGUGUAGGCAGAGCCA